UUCUUUGUUUCGUAGGGGGGACGUCGAUCGCGAAAGCUUCAAAUCUCCAAGAUAUCAAAAUGGACGAGCAGUGCAUGCAUCAGGACGGUGAGGAGCUGCAGCAGCAGCAGCAGUCUCCAAACAAUCGGAAGGCUCCUUCACUCACCAUGCAGAAUGCAGCUCAGUCUGUGCAGCAGUAUCCUCCUGCCUUGGCAGAGGCAGCAACCCAGACUUGUCAGUCUCCACAGGCUCAGCCAGUUGAGCACACCCCACAAGUGCCUAAGGUGUCCACUUCUGGCAGCAGUCAGCGAGCGAGUGGAGAGGCGGCUUCUGAUACGAACUCCCAAGGCUGCGUGAAAGUGGUGCACGACAUGCUGAUGACUGCAAGCAACUGUGGCAGCAAUUGGCCAUCCGACCAAGAAGACAUAUUUCGCCUCCUGGUGCAUGGGAGAGAACAUUUUGAAAUAUUAAAGAAAAUCAAGGAAAACCUGGAGCUAAUCCGAACGCUGCCCACGGAUGCCAAUGUGUUGCGCAACCUGCAGCAACAACAAUACGUGACGGAAUUGCGUGGCAGGCCGUCCAACCUCAGCCGACACGGCAGCGAGUGUUCACAGGAAGUCUUGGCCGGCAGCCAGGGACCCUCCAGUGCGGGCGAAGGUUCCUCAUCAGGCGUUGCACAGGAUGUUGUGACGGGUGAAGCGAGUGGAUCCAAUGGUCCCCCACGGCCACCGGACGGAGACAACCCACGGGCCCGGCUUGGAACCCUGCCGGACAGCGGCAAGCCUGGCAACGCUCUUUACAACGAGACGACGCUGCAGCGCUCGUCCAGUGAAGAGACAGUCCACCUCAGCUCCGAGGACGACGACGAUGACGGCAUCGACACCAAGGACGGCAUCCGUGCCAAAGUGUUCCCAGCGCUGCGGCCCUCUGGCAGUCAUCUGUCCUCUGUCGGCAAUCGCUCGCGCUCCGGGGCGCUCUCCGCCGCGCUCUGCGGGGGGGCUCCCGCGGACGGCCUGAGCGGCCCCCGAGGCCCGCGGACGGCC